AUGAGCCUUAGAGCUGCGUUGAACUCGGUGAAUGGAGAGAAAGUGGCGAUUAAGAAGAUCGGUAAUGCUUUUGAUAACAUUAUUGAUGCAAAGAGAACUCUACGUGAAAUCAAGCUUCUCAGGCAUAUGAAUCAAGAGAACGUCAUAGCCAUCAAAGAUAUUGUAAAAGCUCCUCAACGAGAUAUAUUCAACGAUGUCUACAUUGUCUAUGAGUUAAUGGACACUGAUCUUCAGCGAAUCCUACGUUCAAACCAAACCUUAAGCCAUGAUCAAUGCCGUGUCUUAGUGUACCAGCCCUUAAGAGGACUUAAAAAUGUGCACUCAGCCAACAUAUUACAUCGUGAUUUAAGGCUAAGCAACGUGCUGCUUAACUCGAAACACAAGCUCAAAAUCGGUGAUUUUGGACUUGCGAGAACAACUUCAGACACAGAUUUUAUUACUGAGUAUGUUGUCACACGUUACACAGCUCCUGAGUUGCUUCUUAACUGCUCAGAGUACACAUCAGCUAUUGAUGGGUCUCCAGACAACUCCAGUCUCAGUUUCUUUCGUAGUGACAAUGCAAUAAGAUACGUGAGGCAACUUUCAAGAUACCCUAAACAACAGUUUGCUGCUAGGUUCUCAAAGAUGCAACCUUCUGCUAUUGAUUUGUUAGAGAAAAUACUUGCACAUCGCAAGACAUUCUUGUUGUGUAUAGUCGAUGAACCUAUUGGCCAUGCUUACUUGUCAUCGCACCAUGACGUGGACAACAAACCGGUGUGUCCAACGCCUUUCAGCUUUGAUUUUGAGCAUCUUUCUUGCACGGAAGAACACAUAAAAGAGCUUAUCUACAAGGAGUUUGUCAAAUUCAGUUCUGACCAUUGA